AUGAUCUUCUAUGAAAAUGUCAUAAUAGUUACAACCAUAAGAGACGCAGGGCACAGAAAUGUGUCUGAAGUGGUGAGUUUCACAACUCGUGGCUGUGAACCAGACCCUCCAUUUGCACCCAAACUAAUUAGCAGAACCAUGAACAGCCUGAACCUGCAGUGGAAAGGUUCCAAAGACAAUGGAUCCAAAAUAAGCAGCUUUCUUUUGGAAUGGGAUGAGGGUAAAGGUGAAGAGUUCAAGAGUUGCUACAGUGGUCCCAUGACACAGCACAAGAUCUUUAAACUGACCGCUUCUACAAAGUAUUCGUUCAGAUUAGCUGCUAGAAAUCACUUCGGCUCCAGUAAUUACAGUGAAAUAGCCGUCUUCUACACAUCAGGAAACACACCUCCGGCACCGCUGCCUCCUAAGUUGAAAGAAGCAGGAGUCUAUCGUUUGUGGCUAGAAUGGUGUGCCCCAACAAACCCAAACCCAAAUGAAACUCUUACUUAUGUACUCGAGAUGGAGGAACCAAGAUCUGGAUUCCGUUUUAAACCUAAAUACAAUGGAGAAAAUCUCUCCUGCAUUGUAAGACAUCUUCAGAGAAAUACUACAUACAAGUUUCGGAUUUUUGCCUGCAAUCUAGAAGGAAGAAGCAACCCCAGCAGAGAAGUAAAAUAUUCUACUCGUCCAUCCAAGCCUAGAUACCCAAAGAAACCAUAUGUAGUAGGAGAAAUUCAAGCACGCCAAGUAAAAAUUGGAUGGGACUCCCCCAGACACAAUGGUGGGAUGCACAUUUCAAGUUACAGUUUAGAAGUCAGUGAAAAUUCAGAUGGUGGUAAGGCAAUACAAAUUUUAAAAGAUUUUAUUUUGAAAUAAUUUUACACUCAUCUACAAGCUAUGAAAAAAUAGUACAGAGUUCCCUAGAAAAACGUUGACUUAGAUUCACCUAAUAGUAGUGUGUUAUGUAGCCAUAGUACAAUUGAAAGAACAAGAAACCAAUAGAAAUACACAGCUGUAAAGCCAAACCACAGAAUGUAAUUGGAGUCCUCUGAGUUUUGACAAGAAAUCGUUACUUACUGAUCCCUUAUACUUUUGUUUAAUUCAACUGGGAACAGGAUAAUUUAUUAUAAAAAGAAUACUGCAUUUCUCUAGGUAGUAGUGGCACACAUGGUAAUCCCAGCACUCAGGAGGGAGAGGCAGGCAGAGCUCUGUGAGUUGGAGACCAGCCUCAUCUACAGAGUGAGUUCCAGAAGAAACCCUGUUUUGAAAACUCCCCCACAAAAAGAUUAUUGGAACCACAUAUGUUCUAAGAUGGUUGUUCCUUAGCAUAUAUCAUGCAUAUAUUAAUUAUGGGGACUUGAAAGUUAGAAGUGACCUAUGAACAAAUUGAGCCAAUUUGCUCUUCUUCCUGCAGCAAAUCUCUGGAAGGUAAUCUACAAUGGCACUCUCCAGGAAUUUCUGUACAAUGGCCUCCAACCAGGAACCACAUAUAAACUGAGAGUCUUUUGCACUUCACCUGUAGGCAAAAGUCAGGUAAGAAAUCAGAAAGGGGAGAGUUCUCAAACUAGGGUUGAAAUAAACUGUUAUAUUACUGAAUGUUUUCUAAAGCUGAUCUCCAAUUUAGUAAAAUAGUAAAACAUUUUCUAUCUCUUAGCCUUCUGAUGUAUUGAAAAUUCAGACACCUACUCUACCUCCUGUGUCUUGUCGCUCACUACCCUUAAACAGCAAAACCAAGUGCAAGGACAGAAAUCUUCUCCUUGGUAAGUAAGGUUUCCUUAAGUGAUUGACAACUGUGCCUAAGUUUCUUGUCCUGUGACUAUUUUGAGUGUUAAUAUCAUCAGGCAAAGUUUCCUUUUAGUCUGAAUUGAAUAAUUCUUAGCAAAUCACUGCUUGGUAACAGAAACCUAGCUUUUUAAUGUGUAAGUCAAAUUAUGAGGUUAAUAGAUGUAAUAAGCUUGGCGUCUCUAAGCAUUUUAAGAGAGGAGUCUUAACUCACUCCGCAGUAUAUUGUAUUGUUCUAAAGAACC